UUAUUCAAUAGAAAAUAUUCAUUCUUCAUGGUAUCAGAGCACUAAAUUAUUCACGGCUUCCUCCUUCUCUCUCCCUUGUUUUUUCGGCCAGCCUCCCCCUCCUCUCUAUUGCCGUCUUCUUCCUUCCUCCGGCAACCAUGGCCGAUUCUGCAUCUUCUGGGAAGGUCAUCUCCAACAACGAAACCUCCUCUCCAAAUAAUUCACCCCAUCUAGCUUUCACCACUAUAUCUAACAUUAAACUUCAUAUCCUUGUUCAACUCAGUCUCUCAGAACCAAAUUACAAAAAGUGGAGUCGAUUAUUUCGUCUCUUGAUCCUCCGCUUCAACCUCAAGGGCUACAUCGAUGGCACGACCAUCGCCUCCUCCGCAGAUGAUGCUGAAUGGUAUCAAUUUGAUGCCCUCAUUCAGGGAUGGAUCCUGUCCACGAUCACCGAUGAGGUCUCCGAUCUCGUGCUCGCCAACAACCUCUCUGCACAUGCUCGAUGGACGGCGAUCUACAAUCUUUUUCACAACAACAAGCAUGCCCGGGAAAUGCAACUGGAGCACUAUUUCCGUACCACUGUGAAGGGUCAACUCUCCAUCAACGACUAUUGUCAUCUUCUCAAGAACCUCUCCGAAUACCUUGACGAUGUGGAUGCACCGAUCACCGAACAUGCCCUUGUACUUCAAGUUCUACAAGGCCUCCCCCACGAUAUCCGAAAGCAGGCUGAAUGCAUCCGGACCAGAAGAGAAGAUGAAAGAUUAUUAUCGGGAAAGAGAUGUGUCGGCUUCGAGGAGGAUGGGAAAAGAGCUGUUGCGGAUAGACUCAUGACGCUGAUGUCGAAGAUGACGUGCGUUGGAGUCGUGAGCGACUUGUUUAGAGAAGGAACACAAGGAAUGAGGAUUUCUAACCCAAACUCUGUUCAGAUCCGCUUCGGCUAUCACAUCUCCACCGAGAUCACGAGGACAAACGUGUUGACAGCCCACUCGUUCAGCUCUAUUUCAUCUUCUGGAUGUCACGAUCAGUUUGGCGUUGAAAAUCUCCUCCUUCAUGUAGAUCGCAACCUUCUUCACGCAUGGGAAGCUCCGGGACGCGACAGGAAUGCUCUACAUCAGCGUAUAUUCUUUGUUCUCCCUCUCAAUCGCUCCAAGUAAUUCCCAGGGACCUGCUGCGUUUUUAUAGGAUUCUCUCAACACAAUCCUAGUAGGAAUAGGUUAGUAGAAGUUGGCUUGAAGUGAACUUCCUUGAUCUUGAUCCACAAGUAGCCUAUAGAGUUGGGAU